AUGAGCACCCGGGGUUUAGGGCAUUCUGCUUUCAUUGGCAAGAGUCACAGUGGAGGCAAAGAUGACCCGGUGCUGCAGUAUGUGGUCAACAACUCCUUAAGAGAACACCCAGUACUCACCAAACUCAAACUGAAAACUCUUGAACAUCCUUGGAGCCGAAUGAUGGCUGCCAGUGAAGCGGCUCAGCUGAUGGCAAACCUUCUCCGACUGAUCAACGGCACCAAAGCGAUCGAAAUAGGGAUGUACACCGGAUACAAUGCACUGAGCAUGGCUUUGGCAAUGCCCAGUAAUGGACGUGUAGUUGCUUGUGAAAUUGAGCAGACCUACUUUGAUAUCGCUAAACCAUUUUUCCAAGAGGCCGGUGUUGAACAGAAGAUAGAGGUCCGUAUUCAGGAGGCAGUCAGAACUCUGGAUGAGCUGGUGCAGGCCGGCGAGGCGGGGACCUUCGACUUUGUUUUUAUCGACGCUGACAAGAUCAACUACGAUACGUAUUAUGAGAAGUCUCUGGAGCUGAUCAGGACCAAAGGGGUCAUUGUUAUCGACAACGUUCUGUGGAGUGGGAAGGUUCUGAAUCCUGCUGAAGACGAUGUCAGCUCCAAAGCUCUAGAUGCUCUGAAUAAAAAGCUGCAUAAGGACGAGAGGGUGGAUCUGAGCAUGCUCACUGUGGCCGACGGUCUGACCAUCGCCAUUAAACGCUAA